CUAAGAAGUUUACUAAGUUAGUAGUCUACUGUCACACCACAGCUAGAGCAAAUCAAAUAAUUGAUUAUGGCAGCAUUCCCUGUAGGUAAACUGAAAUGCAUCUUCUUCAGUGAAUUUCAUCCACAAGCUGGACCUAAAAUCACUUACCAGGUUCCAGAUGAUUAUAUUUCCAGGGAGCUGUUUGAUAUAUUCUCUGUCUAUAUCAUCCCAAAGCCUGAAUUACAAGACAAGCUUAUCACUGUUAAUGUUAAGCAGGGGAAGGUAAUUGGAUGGCCCAGCUGUAUCCGAGAUGAUAAAUAUGCCAGGAAUGAGUAUCUCUUCAACGUCUGUUUUGUGUGUGACUCAACCACAGACGUAUCAUCCUAUGAAACGCUAGUCAAGAAGCUAUCUGCCUACUUCACAACACUCGAGCUUGAGUGUGCUUUUCUAUCAAAUGAAGAAACCAAGUGCAGAGUGCCAGACAUUUUGGAGAAACUUUUGAGUCAUCUGAAUGAAUUUGGAAAAUGUUCCGUACCAAUAAAUGAUUCUAACACCAUUCAUCUGAAGAUUGUACCGCCUACCAAAGAACCUCAGUCAGUUUUAGAGCACCAUGUACCCAUGUUUCUCUGCAGUAAAGAACAUUAUGAAAACAAUCAAUGGGACCUCACCACGCAACAGAUUCUUCAAUACAUUGAUGGAGUUAAUCAUGUUCAAAGAAUAGCUGUAGAAGCAGAUGUUGAUUUGAAUCUUGUCAAGAUUUGCCUGCAAAACUUGCUGUACUAUGGAGUCAUCACUAUUGUUCCUAUCUUUCAGUAUUCCAAUGUGUACAUGGUACAGCCAUCCAUUAACACCCUAAUGGAAAAUACCCAGCUACAGAGAGAAUGCAUUGAAUACGUCACACUCCCAGGUCACAAUCCUCCAACGUUGAGGUCUGUGAUGCUGCUGUACAGCUCCCUUUGCCCAGGAAUGACUGUCAGAGAUCUGUGUAUGAGACACAACCCUAGAGCACUCAAUAUAUGUGAAAGACAUCUCAUUCAGUUUGGAGUUGUGAAAGGGCUGAUUAGAAGAUUACACAAGUAUCCUGUAAAGCUACAGACUGCAGACGGGCAACAUAACGGGCAACACAACGCUGGUAGAAAUCUAGACAGGUGGAUGCAAGGCAAGCUGAAUUUUGAUGAGAUUUGUUGUGGGACGGGAAUGAGUCACAAGGACCUCGAUGAGCAAGUGGAGAAAGAUGUGGAUGUUUCAGUCUGCUGGAAAUGAAGUGGUCUUUGAGAUCAAUCGAUGGACAAACCCUUCUUUUUUACAAGGACCUUGCUUGGUUGGUUUGUUUGUUUGUUUUACUCGGCUGCUAUUAAAGAAAGCAUGUGUCUGCUUGUAGAGGGGUAAGCAACUGGGGACCGAUGGCUUGAAGUCCUCUCUGAGAGAUUUGGUAUGAGGAUUAAUGCCUUGCCAAAGGGCAGUAGCGCAUCAAAUUGGUUUCGAACCCAGGACCUCCCGGUUACGAGACCACUGACCACCGCGCGUCACUAACGACCUUCACCAGCUCGAAGGAGGAAAAGGAUUUUCUGUCCUACGAGAUCUGUUGUGAGAUGGGACCAUGUAGUGCCACAAGGAUCGAGAUGAGCGAAGGAAGGAAGCUGCGGAUCUUCUAGUCUGCCGAAAUGAGAAUGAGGUCAAAUAAAUCCUGAGAAUUGUUGAGGGAACGACCUGUGUAGACCUAGACAGGCAAGUGGAGAAAAAAAGGCUUUGUGAAACACCUCUUUGCUGCAUGGACCUGUGACAAAUAGAUGUGGAAAGAUUUGGCUACUUCAGUUUGCCGGAAAUGAUGAUUAAUAAGAUCUUCUUUCUCCUCAUUAUGAAUGCAUACAAUGAAAUGUAUUUACAUGUAGAAGCAAGGGUGUCGAUUUGUAUCCGUGGUUGGGGGGGAUGAUAGGUGCCAAAAUAUU